AUGUCAAGGUCAUGGAGAACUUGUACAAGCUUAGCACAAGCACGUGCAAUUAACAUCCCUGUCCCUGCCAACAUCCCUGCGCCUUCCCACAGUCUUGUAACUACCAACAUCCCUGUACCUGCCAACAUCCCUGCACCUGCCAACAUCCCUGCACCUGCCAACAUCCCUGUACCUGCCAAAAUCCCUGCACCUGUCAACAUCCCUGCACCUGUCAACAUCCCUGUACCUGCCAACAUCCCUGUACCUGCCAACAUCCCUGCCCCUGCCAACAUCCCUGUACCUGCCAACAUCCCUACACCUGCCAACAUCCCUGUACCUGCCAACAUCCCUACACCUGCCAACAUCCCUGUACCUGCCAACAUCCCUGCACCUGCCAACAUCCCUACACCUGCCAACAUCCCUACACCUGCCAACAUCCCUGUACCUGCCAACAUCCCUGCACCUGCCAACAUCCCUACACCUGCCAACAUCCCUACACCUGCCAACAUCCCUGUACCUGCCAACAUCCCUGUACCUGCCAACAUCCCUGCACCUGCCAACAUCCCUACACCUGCCAACAUCCCUACACCUGCCAACAUCCCUGUACCUGCCAACAUCCCUGCACCUGCCAACAUCCCUACACCUGCCAACAUCCCUACACCUGCCAACAUCCCUGUACCUGCCAACAUCCCUGCACCUGCCAACAUCCCUACACCUGCCAACAUCCCUACACCUGCCAACAUCCCUGUACCUGCCAACAUCCCUGUACCUGCCAACAUCCCUGCACCUGCCAACAUCCCUACACCUGCCAACAUCCCUACACCUGCCAACAUCCCUAUACCUGCCAACAUCUCCACACCUGUCAAUAUCCCUGUACUUGCCAACAUCCCUACACCUGCCAACAUCCCUGUACCUGCCAACAUCCCUGCACCUGUCAACAUCCCUGCACCUGCCAACAUCCCUGCACCUGCCAACAUCCCUGUACCUGCCAACAUCCCUGCACCUGCCAACAUCCCUACACCUGUCAACAUCCAUGCACCUGUCAACAUCCCUACACCUGCCAACAUCCCUGCACCUGCCAACAUCCCUGCACCUGUCAACAUCCCUGUACCUGUCAACAUCCCUGCACCUGUCAACAUCCCUGUACCUGCCAACAUCCCUGCACCUGUCAACAUCCCUGUACCUGUCAACAUCCCUGCACCUGUCAACAUCCCUGUACCUGCCAACAUCCCUACACCUGCCAACAUCCAUGCACCUGUCACCGCUGUACACCUACACAACCCAGCACGUACUCUCCACCACGAUUCACCCCCUACCACACCCACAAUAAAUCAACAACUACCACGAAAUAUUCUCCCAGCCUGCCUCUCUCUAUGA